GCGCCGAGAAGGAGCUGGCUCCGCUGUUUGACUGCUCAGAGCACGGCAAGUACCAAGGCCGUGGAGACCAGGUCACCUACCGCAAGACCACGGCGGGAGGUGCUCUGGGCAGCCAGCAACCUGCUGGCACUACUCAUUAUCGUGCUGUUCGGGCCCUGCAGCAUCGGCUGGAAGACCUCGCGCACGUAGUGGCCAAGCACGGGUGUGCGCCCUUGCCGCAGCAUAACAUGAUCUGGCAGCCGCUCAUUGAUUUUGUUGGUGGUCAGGGCCGGCUGCGGCGGCUCACAUCGGCGCUCGGCGCCAGUUUGGUUCAGGAGGUCGUCUACUACAUCACGUGCUUCUUCGCGCAGCCGUCCGUGUACCACGUGGCCUUCCUCCGCACCCUCUGCGUCACCCCGUCCAAUCUCGAG